GUUGAGAAAUAGAUAUGUUAAUCUCCUUUCUUUCCCUCCGCCCCUCCCUCUGGCCCUCCUUUCUAUGAUUAAAUGGGCUCUAGGACACCUUUUCAAGAAGACUCCCUGCUGUGUUCAGAAUCAUUCCUAGUAAACUGCAACCUCAGAUUCUCUCUCCAAGAUGUACCUCAGUGCUGCAAAUCACCGCAUACCUUUAAGAGAUGGAAACAGCAUUCCUAUUAUCGGACUUGGUACCUACUCAGAACCUCAGUGGACCCCUAAGGGAGCCUGUGCAACAUCAGUGAAGGCUGCCAUCGACAUAGGGUACAGACACAUUGACGGGGCCUACAUCUACAAAAACGAGCACGAAGUCGGGGAGGCUAUCCGGGAGAAGAUAGCAGAAGGAAAGGUGCGGAGGGAGGACAUCUUCUACUGCGGAAAGCUGUGGGCUACAAAUCAUGAGCCAGAGAUGGUCCGCCCAGCCCUGGAGAGGACGCUCAAAAUCCUCCAGCUAGAUUACGUGGAUCUUUACAUCGUUGAAAUACCCAUGGCCUUUAAGCCAGGAGAUGAAAUAUACCCCAGAGAUGAGAAUGGCAAAUGGUUAUAUCACAAGUCAAAUCUGUGUGCCACUUGGGAGGCUUUGGAAGCUUGCAAAGAUGCUGGCUUGGUGAAAUCCCUUGGAGUAUCCAAUUUUAACCGCAGGCAGCUGGAGCUCAUCCUGAACAAGCCAGGACUCAAACACAAGCCAGUCAGCAACCAGGUUGAGUGCCACCCAUAUUUCACCCAGCAAAAACUCUUGAAAUUUUGCCAACAACAUGAAAUUGUCAUUGUUGCAUAUAGCCCUUUGGGGACCUCUAGGAAUGAAACCUGGGUAAAUUUGUCUUCUCCACCUUUGUUAAAGGAUGAACUUCUAAACUCAUUGGGAAAAAAGUACAAUAAGACAGCAGCUCAAGUUGUUUUGCGUUUCAACAUCCAGAGAGGGGUGGUUGUCAUUCCCAAAAGCUUUAAUCCUGAAAGGAUCAAAGAAAACUUUCAGAUCUUUGACUUUUCUCUUACUCAAGAAGAAAUGAAGGACAUUGAAGCAUUAAAUAAAAACGUCCGAUUCGUGGAAUUGCUCAUGUGGUCUGAUCACCCCGAAUAUCCAUUCCAUGAUGAAUACUGACUUCAGAGAGUUCCUGAGCAGAUUUUUCCUUCUCAUGUGUGGAAUGGAAUGGGUAGUUCCCAAGGAUGUGGAAAUGAAAGAAGCUUUACUAUCCUCAAAGUGGUAAUGGAAGCAUGCUUAACUCUUGUGUAGUGUACGUGACUCUGGCUCAGCCGUGUUGAAGAAAAAAAAUGUUUAAAUCUGUUAAAAAUAAUUCUUGUGAAAGUAUCAGCUAAUAUUUUAUUAGAUCAAUGUCUUCUAGGCUCCAGACAAGAAAACAUUAGACUUUAGAAAAGACUUCAAAAGCAACAUAUGAAGACAAGUGACUCAUGAAUAUGGGUACUACCAUUGGCAGUUAACAAAACAACAAAAAGGGUGGAGAGCCAGCCUGUGCCAGUGUGCUGGCAGUGGCCUUGAUGUCUGAACCAUUGAUUGUAUUACAAACACAGACAAGACAAAGUCCACUGUACACUUUUAACAAAGAAGUGAUUUGCUGCAUCUUGAGUAGAGAGAGAGGGUUAAGUGUAGAAAAGUCUUAAAAUAAAGGCAAUUAAACACCACAGUGCUCAGAAAGCUGUAAUGAUUUUGUUGUUUAUUUCUAUCCAAUGAGUGUUUGGUUAGCUUUUACCCAGCUUGAAGGAUACUUCCUGGUUCUCUCUUGCAUCCUUAAAGGGCCUGAGUUUCCAUAUGACUGGCAUCUAUACUUGUGCUGUCUUACUACUCUUGCCCACAUUGACCGUAGAACCUACAUUAUGUGAAGUGGCUUGAAACAACCAACAUACACAAAUAAAACCCUACAUCAUAAAGUAGUUCAAAGAUGGCUAUUUUAAAAGAAGGCAUUUAAAAAGGAGAUUUUAGGAGCCAUAUUGAAAGAAGAGGCUUUAUAAGUUUAUUAUACUUAUGAUGUUAAGAGUAUUAUUGGGAUAGCUGUGAAUUUUGAGACAGUAGCAAGUUCAAAAGAACACUGGUAAUUUUACUGUAUGUAAAAUUUUAAAGCAUGAAUAAUAUCAUUAGAAUUCAGCAAUAGAGAUGUACCUAUUUUCACUUCAACUGGAGAAAUAUAUUUUAUUCAUUCACAUUAGGUCACUCUCACAGGGCAAGAGAGCUCUUUAAAAAAUUGUUUUCCCAAUACCAUUUGCUUGUAGAUAAUCUUCAAUAACCUAAAGACAUUUCUGAGAAAUUAUCACUUAAAAAUGUGAUCUAUACUCAUUGUUUCCACUGAUUCCAAUAUUAACACUUAUAAUUCUGCCCUCUAGAAAAUAUUUUGUUCAUAAGAAAUAAUAAAGUAUGAUGAUUUGUUAUA